AUGUUCUCGUCGCACGUCUUCAAGGCUAUCGCCUGGGCCUGCAUCUCGUCAUGGUACUACGGAUACCACCUCGCGGAGCUCAACUACCCAGCCAACGGGCUAACCUGCCACCCGUCCCCGAACGACGGCACUGCGCCACUGCGCCCCUGUCUCGGCCUUGAUGCGAUCAAGUACUCGGCCGUGACGGCGCUUCUCACUGCCGGCGGACUGGUCGGCAGCGCGCUGAGUGACAGCGUCGUGCGCUCGCAGGGCGUGCCGGGCGGUAUUGCGUGGACAGGAUGGCUCAACCUCGUCGGCGCGCUCAUGAUGGCACUCGCGCCGCACUGGGGUGUGCUGGCGCUUGGGCGCUUCAUCGCAGGCUUGUCGUGCGGCCUCGCAAUCUGCCUCGUUCCGCCUUACCUCGCGACGGUCGCGCGCACGACUCCAGAACUCGCUUCGCGCUCCGGUCAGAUCGGCUCGCUCAACCAGCUCGCGAUCGUCAUCGGCAUCUGCUCGUCACAAGUAAUGGGCAUGCUGCUGACUGGGCCUACUGGCGACAAGCCGGGCGGCUGGCGCUACGUUCUUGUUGUCAGCGCGUUAGCGUCCAUCGUACAGAUCGGGAUGGGCGAGCACCACAUGACUCAGAACUAUGUUCCGCAUGACCCGGACGAGCCUCGCGAUGAGGCAGCUGCGCCCCUCCUCCCCGCCCCAGGGACAGCUGCACCGAAUGACCAGCUGUCCAUCCGCGCGGUACUGUCAAACCCGUCUCUCCGUGGCCCGGCGCUGCUCAUCACCACUAUCAUGGUACUGCAGCAGCUGAGCGGCGUCAACGCUGUCCUCUUCUACUCUACGCCUGUUCUGUCGUCAGUGCUCCAGGGUGCCGGGGCUGGCGCGCUCAGCGUCGGCAUCACUGUCGUCAACGCGCUCAUGACGCUCCCGGCCAUCGCUCUAGUUGACAAACUCGGUCGUCGUACCCUCCUCUUAGCUUCAGCGACAAGCAUGGCCUUCAUGAGCAUCAUGCUCGCUGUCGGCCUCGACCAGAACAGAGAGUACCUCUCGAGUUUUGCCAUUGUGGCAUUUAUCGCGGCCUUCGCCAUCGGCCUUGGCCCCGUCCCCUUCCUCUUGGUUUCGGACAUGAUGCCUGCCCCUGCGAUUCCCGCCGUCUCAUCCCUCGCCCUCUCGGGAUCAUGGAUCACAAACUUCAUCGUCGCAAUGGGUUUCAUCCCCCUACGCGAUGCGCUCAGCGAGCCCGCGGACCCCAACGAUCCCGGUAACGGCGCGCGGCUCGGCGAAGGCCGCGUGUUCUACGUCUUCACGUUUAUGCUCGUGCUCAUGGUCUCCGUCGUGCUCCGGGGUGUGCACACGUGA